AUGGGAGGUGGCAGGAACUACCCGUCCCAGGGGAACAACAGUUCACUUUUUCGUCGUGCAACAUCGGUUUCAUCCUCGGCAAUCAAAUCGGACCAGGAAAGCGAGUUAAGUUAUACAAGUAGCAAAAAUGAUUCAUCGUCCAACCUCCAGAGAUCCUAUGAGAAUGGGUCUCAGGAGAGUCUUUCUUUAAUAUCCAAGAGUCUAACGGCAACAUCCGUUCAUUCCACAGUCACAUCAAACAUCAGUUUUGAUAGUAAAUGGCUUCCUGAAUCGGAAGUUGUGCAGCCAGAGAGAUACAGAUUGCAACUUCAGCUAACGCGGGAGGAAAUUGACUUGCUAAGAUGGUCUUGGAGACUUGUCACUGUGGAUGAUGAUUCAACAUCGUUGGGCGGUAACACAUUCAAUGCAGCCGAUUUCUCGUCCUAUCUUUUCUGCAUUCAAUUCUACAACAAUUUCAUUUCGAUGGAUGAGAAGGUUGUUGAAAUGAUUCCUUCUAUAAGGCAUCAGGCAUCUUCCUUUGCAGAUGUAUUAAAUCAGGCUAUAGGGACUUUAGAGGACUUGAGCAAAAUGCAGGAACUUUUGACUAACCUUGGAAAGUUACACGCAAGAAUCUUAGGUAUAGAACGCUCUUACUUUAAAACAAUGGGUGAAGCGUUAAUAAAGACAUUCAGAGAUUGGUUCGGAAACAAUGAAACAUUCUUUCCCCUCAUACUUGAGGAAGCCUGGAUUAAACUUUACUGCUUUUUGGCAAAUUCCAUCAUUCAAGGUGGUAUAGAUCCAUUUAUUUCGUACAAUACCAAUGAUGCAUCAAUAGAUUCAUUUUCAACUCAGCAGGCCGAUGAUGUUGCCUCCAUUGCUUCCUCAAUACAGAGCAAGCCAUUUUUACAUACUAAUAUGAGCAAGAUAUAUCUAAAGCCGCGCAGAAAGCCAGUCCCACAGAAAAAAGAACUUCCAGCAACUCCAGAAAAUGCUAUAUCUCCUCCUGAGGCUUCUCCAAAGAAGGGACGGAGGCGUGGUUUACACAGUAAAAAGGACGAUGGCGAUUGCGUCAUCAUGUGA